UUUGUUUAUUGACAAAAUCACAACAGAAGUCUCACAUGCGGAGUGUGUUAAAUGCAAUAAUACUGGAUUUAUGGGAGUAAAUGGACGUCUUUCCAAUGGAGGAUAAUGAAAUUAUGUAGAUGAAAGAAAGAUCUGGUGUGUGGUGCGUUACAUCUGAACUCUUGAACAACCUUAUUCAAGAAUUUAUAAUGGAAUAAUUUUGUUAUAUUUGUACACUUCUUUUCCGAAAGAUUCGGAUUUUGUUGCAGAAUGGGUUCUGAAAAUGAAGAAACCAUGGAACUUGAGGCAGAACACCUGUUUUUGUUAAUGAAGAAAGAUUACAGGAUUUCAAGAAAUGCUCGUGCAGAAUGGUAUUUUAACCACCUAAAUCAUACAAUUCAAAUACCUAAGGCAGACAAGGUGGAAAACUUUAAAGGGGAAAUAGAAAUAGUCUCUGCUAUCCCACAAGAAACACCCAUUGAAUGGGAUUGGGAUACUAGCCAUCUGUAUCAGUAUGUCAUUAGUCUGUCAACUGUAGUGACAUUUCUUUCCCAUACAUAUCGUCUUGUACUUUGUUUGGAUUUGAGCCCUUCAGCUGCAACAGUGGACUGUGUCGAGGGUGUUACAUUGCUUGAUGAAAUCCUUACUUCGUUUAAAAAUUGUGUUCAAGGGUUAGCCAGGCCAUUCAUUGUACCUGGAAGUCAGCUUCUGUUUUGCCCCAAAAUUUAUGUUACUGUCAUUGCUCACACACCAUUUUUAGUAUCAAAAGGACAGCAGGUACUGGUUGCUGGGUGGUUAUUACAGCAAGAUAAUGUCAAUGCCUUUGUGGAUCUGGUUCAAUUCAAACUCAGCUCAAUUGAAGUUCGGUUAUCAUGCUGGACAAACUUUGUCGAAGAACAGAGAGAUGCACAAUUAGCGGAUGCAGAGAGGAUAGUGGGAGGCUUAUUUGAGAGCGUGUCUGACAGAACAACAAAUAGCUCAUGUUCAACCAUUAGUAUAGCAACUCCAGAAGUUUCGUUUAUCAGCAUUCUGCGCUACGGAAUGCUCGCCUUAGAACUUCUACCAGAGAAAAGCAGCGCUGGUAUUAUCAUUUUUACGGAUGGAGUAUUUGGAACAACUGAUGCAGGAUGGUCUGAAGCUUUACUUUCGCAGCUUCGUCACAAUACUAUCGCUUGCUCAUUUGUCCAGGUUGGAUCAAGAACUUGCCAUCCAGCUUCAUCCGAAGGCUUUCUGCCAAACAACGAUUUGAUGGAGUUUGUGGCUUCCACCACCUUCGGCACGUGCCUCAGUGGCGCUCCCCAUGUAGACGGCGGCUAUGAUUACCAGAUGAACGUUUACCACCAAUAUUUUCUAACUUGGGGUUUUGAAAAGUACCUGCUGAGGCCCACUCAGACUGCCAAGGAUACAAAGAUCUGGAAUCUUUCGAACCGCUGUUUCGAAUCCAGCGCAAUCCAUCGAGUUAAGAAGAAAGUAAGCGAUUAUCCAGUCAACUGUUCGUUGCACAGUGUUUUGUCUUGUCGGCUGCGUGAAGGAUUCACCAUUAAGGAGGUUCAUUUGGAUGAUGAUGUUGUUGAAGUUCAUUUGGCUCUUCCUUGGCGGCCUUCCAUCCAAGUUGAAUAUUCGAUUCGAGGACAGUGGCCUAUCACUCAAGGAACUGUCAGGUGUGGAAUAAGCGUGCAAGGCCCAUACGACUUUCUUCACGAUGUGACCUGCAAGAAGAUACAGUCUCUUUGUUCCAGAUACCGUCAGUUGGUCGUGCAAUCUUAUUGGGCUUUGGUUAAAAAUCUAUCGGAGACAGAUCAACUGCUAGUUCAUUUGCAUUCAUUUUCAUCCAAUCCGGCUUUUUACACGGUACCAGAAGCCAUCAAGAGUGGAGUACCUCUCUUUUACUUGCCGCCAAAUGAGAGUUCUCUAGUCAACGCGUCGAGUGAUUUAUCCUACCCACACUUUGAUGCCUUUUGGAAACCAAUUUGUGUUCUAGACAUUGGCUAUUGGCAGCGGUGGUUACAUUGCCACCGCAUCGGCAUUCUGCUCCAGCAUGAUCGUCCUUUACCCAAACACCUGCACUUGCCAUCAACAAGUGGCCGUUAUCAUUCAAUUCAAUGCCGACAAGCUGCAACAGCUUUGAAUGCAGCAUUACGUGAUUUCACGUCUUUUGUCUUGUUAGAAAAUCAUUCUUAUAUAGGCCUGGUGUGCACUGAUUCUGAAAAACCUGUGUCGUUCUACCUCGUACGAUUAACUCAUAAGCCACCAUGUGUUAUACUUCGCAUUGCCUUUUUAGGAGGCACGGCUGGAUCCAUCCGUCAGAAGGUUGUGGCGGAUUUGAAAAAUGCUGUCCAGAGUUUGAAUUUCCCUCAGCGUUCACUUCCUCAGGAUUUCUCGAAGACAAUAGCCGCCAUUCCCUGUUGCAAAGUGCUGCAAAAGCCAGCCGAAAAAAUUCUUUUGAGGUAUGAGAAGAUGCCGGUUGAUUUCUUCCAAGUAGUUCCACACGACCCUUUCGUAGGGCAGAAUAACAAUAUUCAAAUGAAGCGUCCGUCUGCUAGUCCUGGAACUCAGUGGUCGACUCUCAGUCAUUACCUGCAUCAUAGAAGAUGGAUCUGGUGUAUCCAGGGCUCUCCUGGUUUGGCUCUGAGCUUGAAUUCAGUUGCCCGUAUCCUAUCCAUCAUCACCAAAAUGAGGUUGCAAGAAGGUUUCAGUUUUGCUCAUUCGUCGUCGGGUAUAUUCACAUUCCUUUUAGAGGUGGACAUGGAGCGACAGCAUGGCCAAUUAUUGCCGGGUUCAACCGAUGAUGAAUCCCAGGAUCAGGCACAAAACUGUAGCUGUGUUGUACAGUAUGUUCUUUUCCCUCCGCAUAGGACCGGAUCUUUCGGUCUAAAGGACUCGGAAGACGAGGCUACAGAAGAAUCAGAUAUCUUGGAUUCGUCUGAUGCCCAGUUGGAAAUCGUCACCGAAUGCUGGGUUGAACCCCAAGCUGGAAUCGUAGGAGACUCUCCGGACGAGCGGGGUUUCUUCCAAGGACUAGAUUACCAUGCCCUGGCCGAAUCGUUUCAUCCGAUGGACUUGGAUUGCAUUUCCUCACUGGUGACUUUUGAGCAUCUCAAUUUGAUGUGCCGCCAGGCGGACAGGGUAGGAGUUACUUGUGAACAGGAAAAGUCUGUCCCAUCAUCCCCUGGAAUACCUGGUCGGCGUGAUGUGCUGUCACCGCUGACCGGAAAUGGUUCCUCCUAUAAUUUUACUCCGCCAUCCGGAUGGGAUCGGCGAACGGAAGAAGCUCUCAAAGACGACACAGUCAGUUGUGUUCCUUUCUGUUUCCAGUUGCCUAGGCUAUUGCCCAAAUGUAGUCGAGCGAAGUUGCUGUUCUCGACAUUUGUCCAAGAAUUCAAGGCGCCUAUUCGUUACAUUCCUAACCCAGCGGAUACAGUCAAUGAACUGUUGUUCGAUCUUCUAACGCGACAACUCUCCCAGCUGGGACUACGAGAGGUGAUACUACAAGAAGGUGAUUGCCGUCAGUUGCUGGAAAACUUGAACCUCCAAGCGGCUGCAGACUGCCCUCACAAAGAUGAGGACUUUCCCAAUAACAGUGUGGAUGCCGAUACGGAAGUGGAAUCCUUCGCUACUGCUAGGGAAGCCAAUAGUACUCCGCGUAGUCCCAGAGAUAUCAAUAUCAGUAAUCCGCCAAGCAGGCCGUCUCUUCUCACACCAUUAAACAUCAGUUAUCGCAGUGGCAUCAAUAGCCAUGACGAUCGGGCCGAAUCUGCCGCCAAUAAAAACGAACCUCUUACGCCUAUGUGGCGUUGUUUCGUGAAAAGCGUGAGCUCAUCCCACAUUUUGCUGGUCCUCCUUCCAGCGUCUUUCCAGGACUUGAAGCUGCUGAUGCUCAAUGAAGAACAUUUGCAAAUGCCACGUUCUGCUCAUCUUACCAAAGUGAAACCUGAUUUUAUCCCGCACGCCGAACCAUACUCGAACAACGAUGGUUCUGUUGAGAGCAAAUCGACCAAUGAAGAGGUUGCAAAACAUAUGACGACCGAUGAUGAUCAGAUGACUAGCUGUUCCCAAUCACAGUCAACCUCUCAGCCGUGUUCAUUAGGACCGACUCGAACGAAUUCCUUUGCCGGACAGCAGCGGCCACGAUUAGCUAGUCAUUCAUCUGUACAGGCUGCUCGAAUACGGGCCGGUUCGUUAGAUACUGCUCCUUUGCCACACGGUCAGCAACAACAGUCACAUCCGCAACAGUUCCAACAUCACCACGUCCACGCUAGUUGUUCCGUUGGGUCGGCUGAUCGACGCCAUAAUAGCAAAACAUCCAGUUCUCUAUUUGGCAGUGGAGCUUCUUACUUUCGGCCCGUAACGUCCUUACCAUCUUUCUCAUCCCCGGUCCGAUCGGCUCCCGUCCACGCGUCGCUCAGUUUGCCUGUUUAUGUAUUCGAUUGCCCUCUGACUAACUUGGUGAGUCAGUUGUUGUCCAGGGGUGCCAAUCCGAAGGUGACCAUUUAUCGGGAUCACACCUUCCCUAAUGAUGAAGACAUUUCGGCCAGCACUGGGGAAGAAGAAGCAAACGAAGAAGACAGACAAGCGGAAUCGCAGUCUAUUCCAGAGGAUCCAGUCUCGGCUGGAUCCAUCAACAUCCUUUCCCAGUAUUGUGCCGUGGUAGAGGCUCUUUACUGCAAGUGUUUGGGUCAAGCACUCUUCACGUCUCUGCAGUUAGGUCGUCAAAUUCAUAGCCGCGACGUCGACGCUGCUAUGAAUCUGUGCAAAGAGACGCUGCUGGAAAUCGACAUAACAGCUUUCCUGCAAAACAUUUGCGGCCAUCUCAAGGAUUUUAAAAUGAAAGCCGGCCUUGAAAUCCUUCGGCAGCGUAAGCAAUCGUCGUCUUCCGGUGAGCCGUUGGUGGAGGAUGAUGCCAAAUGGGAUUUCCCACUGAGUUUACUGCGUCUCCAUCAACCGUGCGCCAACCUCAAACACUUGCAUAAGCUCAUCCGCACGCGGUUCCAGGAAAUACUCUGCCUCUCUUUCAAGCCGGUACCAUCCUUGUUCGAUUAUUAUUUCUACUGUCCUCCAGACCAUCCCUUGUCACCGGCUCCUGAUGGCGGUUUGGCCAUUCAUGAUCUGAGCAUCGGUCACGACGACACUGAGUUGGUUGAAUUCAGGCGAUCAUCCGACACGGACAAUUCCGUCAGCCAAACUUGUUCGGUGACUGGGGGUCGUUCAGAUUCUGCAUCAGAGCCUAUAGAUGAUGUCGAAUGGGAAGAAGAUGGUGAUGAUGAGACAGAGGCGACAUCUGUCCCUCUCUUUCUCCACUUAACGGCCACUGUCCGUUCCAAGAAAAACGUGACCAGUCAAUCGUUAAAUGCUUUACCGACCUGCUUGGGCGACCUAAUGACAAGCAUUUCUGGUUCGUCAGCCGUGUUGGAUUUGAAAGGUUUGAAAAUCACGCUGGAUUUCUUGUGUUUGACUUUCCGCUCCGAUCUGGAAGACUUGGUUCCAGGACCACACAAUCAGCGCACCACCUCAUUUUGUAGUAGUUCAUCGGGCAUCUUGGACGCUAAUAAUCCGUGCCCGACACUGACGUCACAGUCGGAAUUGAGUGAAGAUGAAGACGGCCUGCCGAUGGAUGAAGACGACCGGACGGAAAGCAUCUCACGUCAAUUGUUACACAUUCCAGAAGGCCAGAGAAGACGCAUUAAAGCCGCGCUAGCCGAUAUUGAAUGGAUGCUCAGGGACGAAAUUGUCGCCUUUAUGCUGGACUCGUUUCCCAUCACGGAGGCAACGCUGGCCGCGGUGGUUCAGCAUGUUCAAUCGUCACCUCAUCGCCCUUCUUGUCGCCGGAAAAAUGUUCCGUUGCAUUUCGUACUGAACCCGCAAGAGAGUUCCCGCCGGUUUCUAGUUGAAUUCACUAAAUUACCUAUUCAAGGUCAUUUGUUGCGAGAGGAAGGAUCUUUUUAUUACCUGACAGAGAAUACAUGUCAGGCGAAAUUCCAGGGGUCGCUUGACCCGCCAUUAGGGUCAUCGAGAUACAGAAAAACCGACGCGGAUCUGACGAGCGAGGCUUCUGCAAGUCGUUCGCUCGUGGCGCAAACAUCUACUGACUCUUGUGCGACUGCUGGACUGGGAGUCGAAGAACAACCGGGUGAAGGCGAAGCUGAUAGAAUUGAUUAUCAAAUGGAGAAUACGGUAGGGGAGUCGGAGAGUGAGGCAACCAAAGACGCAGCCGUUAUGAUGGACUCUACCAUUACGCUAGUCUCGAACGGUGAAGGAGAUGCCGUGGGAGAACCCGAGGCUUCUGAUGUAAGACCAGAUGAUGUCCAGUCAGAUUCACUAUUCAAGAAAACAUCUAAAAGACGAUUUGAAUCUGGAACCACGUCCAUUCCAGGGACGAGGCAUAGCGACUCUUCUAGUGUAGUGGACAGCAUCCGUAAUACUGAAGAUGGUUACGAAGGUGGCAGUUCUAAUUCAGAAGACGAAUUUGAAUGGCUCAAAGAACUGGAUAUGGAAAAACCAAAAAUGCCUCCAUUUUGGCUUGUGUUGAAAGUCAACGAAGAAGCAGUUGUGACAUACUUUCAUUGUCGCUUCGAGCUGGCCCGCCCAGAGGAAAUACAACAGUGGAAACAAAUCCACGAAGACUUGAUCAACAGCAUUACGGCGUUAGGGAAGUUAAUAAACCAGCAAAUGUUGCUAAAAGAUCUGCACGACACUCGAUCCUGCAACGGUUUGCUGGAGCCUGAAACCAAUGAUGACAUUUGGCAUCAAGAUGAUUUGGCCCAUAUCAAACCAACUUGCCAUCGAAUCAAUUCGGAUCAUUUGCAUACGUAUGGCUCCCAGGAGCAACCAGGCUACCUGGAAGCAACGCUCAAGUUACAACCGGGCUCUUUCCAGUGCCGACAAGUAUGGGAGACGCACUUUCCGCUUCAUCCGCGCCUGAAAACGGGUCCGGGUAAACUGGGAUCCUCGAAAGGUGUCCAGCAACUGCGCAUCGUUCUCAACGCAUUCAGCGUCAACAAUCGUAACAACAUGUUCGUCUACCAAGAAAAUUCGGGCAACGUUUUUUACCUCCGUUUGAACGAGUCAUCGUGUGUCAGUCACCGAAACCCUUCAGAUUCCGUCUCCAUUUCACGUUAUAAUGCCGAUGAAGCAGACGGUGCCUCCUAUAGUUGUUCUAGACGCUCAUCCAAUUGGAACGUCAGUGAUCGAGGAGGUUUAGACGAGGAUAGCAUUGACUCGCAACGUCGCAGUGGUUCGUUUAGCGAAAGGGAUAGUGUAGGAGGAGACCAGAUGAGCCUGGGCAGUGUGUCGUUGAACCGUAGCCUGCAUUACCAAUCGCAGCAGCACUUAUUGCGUAAAGAGGAUUGCAUCCAGCUGAAAGUACACGGUAUCACUGAAGCCGGACCGGCCAUUAAAAUCGAUCUAGUGCGUGUUCUACAGAACAAGUUGGACGACGCCGUAUUAGAAGUCCUUCACUCUCUACUCAGUCGCAAUCCAGCUUGUAAGUUGACGUCGGAUGACGUCCACUUCAUCCAGAAACCGAACGAGCCACCCCACAUCAUCCUCCAGUCGACUGUCCAGGCGUGCGCAUUACCCUACUUGCCCGCUCUGGCAUACUAUCUGCGCCAGAACUUACUGGACUCGGUCGUCUACACACCAAAAUACAUGGAUAACUUCGUGGGUCAUCACUUCCAGGAUUAUUCCCCAUUUUUUCCUGCUCCUACCUCGGAUGUCUACUUGUAUAACCGACCGCAGGCGUCGGGUAACCGCGGUAUCGCCUGCAUCGCGUUUGCCUUAGUGGAUGGGGUAGGCAAUCCUGUCAGCCAACUCGAGUGGCCUCGACCGGCCACCGCUGUCAAAAUGGACGGCGGGAUAGGACCGUCUUCGUUAAGCGAAUUUGAAGAAUUCAUUCGAGCUGAUCUUUGUGUCAAGGCGACAGACAGGAAAGGACCUGGACCCAUGGCUGCGAUGGAAUUCCGUAUAUGGGAGCGUGGUCAUGUCAACGAGGAUACGUUGAGAGAAAAAUUAGAAUUGGCCAUCCAGCAUGCCCUUUGGGAUGUCGUUUUGGAAUAUCGAUUGUUGCCAUUCCCCCUGUGCGCAGUGACCGAUCAAAAUGGUGUACUAGUUCCCCAAAAUUUAGGAGAUGGCCUUCCAUGUUCCGAGCCAACUACCCCCGUUCGUCGUAAGUGGCAGUUGAUCCAGCCCAUCGUCCACGAAGAAGAUAUUCCUGUUGAUCCUCGUUCGCGUUCGGUGUCCUUUAGCGGACUUCCACCAAAUCGUUCGGGUGUCGCAUCCGGCACGACUAAUCCGCUAGCUACGAGUUCAGCCAUUGAUCCCAAGUGGAAAGUGCGUCAUACUUCUGGUACGUCCAGCAUCAGCAGAGAACGACCUCUAUCGCCAGUCACUAGCAUUCAGCGAAAUGUCCAGGAUGGCCAUUGGUCCACUUCAACGCCAAUCAGUUUAGCCAAACAGGUCCGUUUGAGAGCUACCCUCCUUCUGUUAGGCUCGGUCUCAUCCAGCACUUCAACGUUGAGGAGCUCGGGGCCGAUAUCACCGGUGGAGAGAUUCUGCGAGCGAAGCGUGUCGACCUCAUCCGUCACAUCUUCGUUAACGACCGGCACGUUGCCGGAACUGGACAAAUUGGAGUUGGGUGAACGUGGCGUCCUCCACCCCGUCUAUUCCAAACUACUAGAGAAAUGGUUCAAUCUAGGAUUGCAGAAGAACGUGGCGUCUAUCAAAUUUCAGAAGGCCAGCCUCCUAGCUCCUUUGACUGUGCCCACACUUUUAAAGGCCGUCAUUCACAUAUGUUCCUCUUCAGUGACUCCGGAGUUGUCAAUGAAAAUAUUUUCUUCAUCUGAACCCGGUGCUCCGUACAUACCUUAUCUACCUGCCUCAAGAUGUCCGAAACAGGGCAGUGUGGAUCGGUCAGUGCUGGACAAGACGCACAUUCUGAUUGGACGCAACAUGGCGCAAUGGAAGGAGUCGUUGAGCGGCGAGAUUAACUUGUCGGAUAGCACGCAACAGGAAAACAACGGACAAGUGGCUCUUAAAGUUCAACGAGCUCAUCAGCGCUUUGUCUCUUAUGUCCAUGACUCUCCUGUUAAUCCUUGUCCGGAAGCAGUGAGACUCGUCCAAUCCCAAAGUGGCAAUUUCGGUAGCGAUGUGGACAAGGCCAACACAAGCGGAGAUCACAGCUCGGUAGUGUCGCUGUUGAUUCCACGCCAACGACUCCUCUGGGCCACGGUCAGUCGUGACCAGGAGUGGACUAUGUGGUUGUACAACUUCAACAAGGAUAAUUAUGAAUCCUUGACAAAGCAGUGUCACAAUCUCGUCCAAUGGCAUAACGCUCGAUGGGCUUUGCUUUCGAGUAUCGUAGCUCAAAAACUGGGUCUCUUCCAUAAUCAGCAAUGCUCCGGCAGGACACACGCACAUCAGACUAUACGUCAUAACCCGUUCUUAGUCUUGUCGGAGAUGGAAGCCUUAGUCAAGUUGCAUGUUCCACCUGCUUCACGGGACUAUAAUGUUAGCACUACUCGGAAACCUAGCCAGAGUAGUUUGCCUCAUUUUGCAUAUUUAGAAACCUAUAGGGACAGCAAACCCAACAGGCUGUUGAGCAAUACGCCUUAUGGAAAUCAAGGAGAUCUUGUCACCAGACAUGGUCAGCAGUGGAUUGAGAAGAGAUACUCUGAAAGGCGUGAAGAAAUGCAACGCCUGCUGGUGCUGUGCCCAGCGCGAUCAUCGGGAAACAAUAUCUUGGUUACCGAGGAUAUCAUCCAGCUGUUCAAACAAGUGGCGCGAAUCAUUCAUUACUGCUUCACUCCACUUCUUUUCCUUCCCAAAUGGCGGAUUCAGGUGGCGAGAACAAGAGACCCCAAUAUGGCCACGGCUUCGCUAACGUCAGAAUUCAGGCCAAGGCAUGAAUCUGGAAAUUCCGUCAACAGUGGCCGGAAUAGUCCUAGUAACUCACCUCCUCGGCAACCUAGAAGACCUACCGAUGAUCAUUGGCAUCAGUCGCUGUGUUCUGCAUAUUUACAAGAAUAUGUGCAAUACCUACAUACCCUAGGCUUCCUACAGAUGGAAAUAAAACCUUUAGCAACCAAACGGGGCCCUAAAAGUGCGUUAAAAAGUCAAAGGAUUGUCGGAGAAGAAGCCGGUAGGGUUCGUCAUGUUUCUCACCCAACUCGAGUUAACGGUGGUCCAAGUCCAUCCUCACCGUCGUCCACGUCAUCGUCCGACGCCAACACGCUUUACUUUCAUAAAUCCCAUCAAGGUGGAAUUCUAGUGUGCGAAGUGGCGAUUCAAGAACCGUUCUUCUACACCAAAGUCUACGCCCUAGAGAUGUCUCGAUUACUGCAUGUUGGAAUGGGCGGAGCUUUCCCUAACGUGGGGCACAUUGCGUCAGCUCAAGCGCAUUACACAGAUCGCUUCCUCAAUGAAUGCGACCAUAUAAAAGUUUUACUUCACCUGCACUCGUUCACCUACGACUUUCAUCUGCGGAGUCUCAACUCUUUCGUCUCGGGCCGACAGUAUUUGCUGAAACCUGGCUUUCAUUUAGUCAGUUUCUUGGACGAUUUCACCAAAUACUACAACAAAGCUCCCAAUUUUGCCCGAAACCAAGUCGUUAGCAACAGUCUUACACUCAAGGAUCCUGCGACAACUGGCGAACAGCUAUUCAAUUACCUGUUGACUCGUGAACGCCGUUACGGAUUCCAAGUUUUGCGAAUGGCUUCAUCAUCGAACUCUGAUAACGACAAAGUCACAACGGAGUUUGUUUUAGCCAAACAGUGGUCAUUCAAAACUAUUCAGAGAGAAUAUGGUGAUCUCAGACACGCGGAUGAUUAUGACGUGACUCUGUUGGUUUCCCACGAGUCGGUCGUCGAAGAUCCGAUGACCAUUUUCAUUAAAUUCUAUGUUAUUAUGACCUCAAAACGAGAAUAUUACCCGAGGCUUCUUGUGGAGAAAAAACCGGGCAAAUUUCGGACCGUAUCCACAGCGACUCCGGUAAAGGCAGCAUCAGCACCUCCCUUGGAAACAGUCGACCGUGUGGCGGAAGAUUCUGAUGCCACUGCUUCUUCUACUCAAGAUGUCCAGCAAAUGCCAGCCCCUGGAAAUGGUCAAGGCAAGAUUUCCAAAAGCGAUGCAGACUUGCAAUUGGCUGACAAAGAGAGAAACACACCAACUCCUGAAUUGUUAUCAGUUAGCAACCCUGAAGUGAGCUUUAUUCAACGCAAAGGAAGUAUUAUGGUCAAUGCUGCUCUGCCAGAAGAAAAUCGAACGUCGCCGGCAGGACCAGCGGUCGUUGCAGCAGCGGCAGCUGCGUUCAUCCGGCAGGAAGUAAUCAACUACUUAGGUUACUAUACGAAACAUGAACAGGACAUGCAAUCAAUGAUGAGCGAGCAAGCUAAGAAGGCGGAAGAUCUUAUACGUGCCAUCGUUAACCAGGCCAAAGUACACUGCCGGAGAGAUACGCUGUGGCAGCGACUUCAGCAAAGUCCUGCCUCCUCGUCAACAAACCUGACUUACCUUGAGUUUCGCGAAUUGCUUACCCUGUCGCAUACAGAACCGAUAAGCUCCGGGGAGCCGCAACUUGUCCCUUUGCUUGCACAACCGGUAAGUUGGUACCAAGGACUUGCCAAACUUCUUCUUUCACGUUACCCAGAAAACCACCGCCAUUAUUCCUCUGCUGACGGAAAGAUCCAGUACGUCAUCGUUCUUAAUCAACGACUUCCAGGAACGGCUAUGAUGCUCUCCUGUGAUGUACAUGCCGAUAAAGCGGAGCUAAGUAGUCUUUGUCAAGAAAUUCCCAGUACUGAAAUGGAGGUGUCGACAGUUUUUUCAAUGGACAACGGAUUUCAUUCUAGGCCGAUGAUCAUGCAGGGAUUCAUCGAAGAUUUUGUGAAUUUAUGUGCUUUUCAUAUAUGGAGUGGGCUAUUGGGUUGACUGUUAAUGUCAGAAGAGUGCCUUGUACAACUUAUGCAAAAUUUAAUCAAAUAUUUCUUAUAGUUAGUUUGGGAUCUUUAUCUCAAAGACAGAGCUUCAGUGUAGCAAAACUAGUCUUAUUUAACAUGCAAAGCUUUCACUAACUUGUUACCAGCUUUUGUGGAGUAUUUAGGAUUGUGUUGAUUAAAAGACAACAUUAUGGUGAAGUGUUCAGAAAUAUACAACUGGAUUAGUGA